UCUGAAAAAAAAUCUAAUCGGAUGCUAUACUUGGCGAGAACACCAGAGGGCGGGAACGUUUCUCCCGCGCGCUCGCGCUGCAGUUCAUGCGCGAGAGAAACCAACGGCUCCAGAAAACAAUCAAGCAGCGCUGUGCUCCAAACACAGAAGGAUGUCAGACUCGGACGACUCGGAUCUGGAGGAGCGAGCAGACGUGGUGCUUCACAGAACCAAGAUUAUCUAUCAGAGCCAGUUCCCCUACAUCCACAUGGAUCCGCCCGACGUCAUCUACGAGCGCUGGAGCAGGAUCAAGCCCGAGGUGAAGAAGCACGUGGGUCAUCUGAUGCAUGUGUCUGUGUUCUGGUGGCACAUCCUCCUGAGACAGCAGGACAAUCACCCCACCACCUUCUGGGCCGUGGAGAUGGGCUUCCUGGACUCCAAUGUGUCAAAUGAUCUGAGUCUGAAGAGGCUUGAGAAGAUUGAGAUUCUGGAAAGCAUUCUGGAUGCCAUGGAGAGAGGCCUGUCUCACUCGGACACGGAGACGAAAGCCCGAGCCGUGGUGUCCCUGAGCAGACUGUUCUCUGCGGACGAGGACUGUUUGCCUGAAGCCAUCGGUUGGCUGCGGGACUCUGGAGCUCCAGACAUCGGUAAGAAGCUGCUGGAUCUGGGAUCGGUGGAGAUCCGCUACCGGACGCUCUGCUUCGUCUUCAGCGAGUAUUCACGUUAUCUUCAGGUGAUUUCCUGCAGUAAGAAGAAAGCCAUCGAGGAGCUGAAAUCAGAGCCGGACUCUUGGACUUUAUUGAAAAGCGAAGAUAUGAAGAACAAAGGAAAUGAGCAAUUUCAGAAGAAGAAAUAUGAUCUGGCGUUGAAGUGGUACACCAAAGCCAUUAAAUACCACCCCUGUAACCACAUCCUGUACGGGAACAGAGCGCUCUGCUUCAUUCGCUCGGAGAAAUACCUGAAAGCACUUGGAGACGGAAAGAGAGCCAUUAUAUUACAGCCAGACUGGGCCAAGGGUCACUACCGCUUCUGUGAUGCUCUGUUCUAUCUGGGGGAGCAUCAGAGAGCUCUGAGGGCCAACCGUGUGGCUCUGGACGCCUGCGGCGCGGACCCCGACGGACACCGAGACCUGCAGCAGCAGCACGAGCGCUUCCUGACCGAGCUGCAGGAGAGCACAGAGAUCAAGACCAAGAGAACUGAACCCAAGAAAACUCCUUCCAAAAGCAGGUUUGUGCUCGUUGUAUCACACGCGGCCAGUGAUUCCUCAGGUCUUCAUCAGAAACCCAGUCAUCAGUCUGAAGCGACGUCUCAGUCUUCAGUCCAGGAGAGAGCGGAGUCUGGAAGCUGGAAGCACCAGGAUGAAGCUGCAGGUAAUUCAGGAGCUCGAGUGUUCACUGAAGGACGAGCUGACCGAGUCAAAGACAUAAAGAGUGAAAUGAGUCCACGGAAGAAUAAGAGAUCCUCAUCUGCUGUCCCAGAGAAACCAGCGGUCCGGAGCAAACACCCCCCGGUCCCAGACACACCGAGCCCUCCAGCGGAGGACGAGAGCGCAGCGGGGAGGAGGAAGCGCUUCUGUGCUGCUGUCCAGGAGGCUCACACGGCUCUGAGUGACCAGCGCUGUAGAAACGCUCAGCAGUCCUUCUCUGUGGCGCUCCGGAUCCUGGAGUCCAGCGGGACCUCGGAGCUGGGCUUGACAGAGCUGGAUAAAUCUGUGCUGAUGUAUGGAUAUGCCACGGCUCUGCUGGAAAUCGGACAGCCUGAGGAACUGAAUGAAGCUCAGCGGUUGUUCACCAAAUUAGAGUCGUCAGAGAGGAAGUUUCAGUCGCUGGUGCAUUAUGGGAUGGGCAGAGUUUACCUGAAGGAGAACAGAUUUCCUAAAGCUCUGGAGUGCUUCACUAACGCACAGCUGAUGAUCCAGAGACACAUCACACCUGGAAAACUCACCUGGCCGACCACCAAAACUACAGUAGAGGAAACACAGCCGGCCUGUCUGCAGGAACAUCUGGAGAACUUGAUAGAGGUGUGUAAGUUUCCUCCUAAAGCAGACGCGGUCUGCCGGUAUCAGCACUGCCUCUCUCACACGGUGGAGAUCUACUUCAGCGAUCCAGACUUUAAGGGCUUCAUCCAGCUGAUCUGCUGUCAGAGCUGCAGAGUCCAGUUUCAUAUGAGCUGCUGGAAGAAGCUCAAAACACUUUCAUUCUCUGAUAAGAGUGACAAGGAUUUUCUAAAAGAUUUGUGUUUUACGCCAGACUGUGGAGGUCAGGUCUGUCACAUUGUAAUAUAUUGCUCGACGGGGCUGAUAAAGUGUGAGUUUAAAACAUCUAUUCCUAAAGUCAAACCUGUUGGACGAUUGAGAAUCAAGCAGCAAUGUACAAGUAUUAAGAAGUUGAGGUCUAAAAAUGAAGGAAAGCUUCGGCGGAAACAGCAUCAGUUGGAGACACAUUCUGCCCGUCAAGAGAGAAAGAGCGUAACGGCUGCAGACGACCCUAAAGACCCCACGGCAGAGAGAGGGACACCCACAGACUGUAUUUAUAUGGACCGUGUUUUACAUCAAAUUCAUGAUAACAGAGGACUAUUUAAAGAAGAGUCAGUGAAUAUUUCUUGUAUUUUGGAUCAUCUGCGGCCGUGGCUGGAUUUAUUUGAGAGUAAAGGACACGAGAGUGUGUUAAACAGCCGUAGAGAGCCUGGAGCUCUGUGGGAGCUGGUGGAUCUUCUGCUGGAGUCCAGAAACCGUGUCUGGGCUCGAGUCUUUAUCCAAACGCUCAGCAUGACGCUUCAUAUCAAACCCAGACUGCAGCUUUGGGCUCAGCAGCUGGAUAACGCUGGUCUGAAAGCUGCGCAGUCGUUCAUCAGUCGUCACAGCUCUCUUCUGGAGGAGUUGGAGCUGAAGCCUCUUCUCAGCUUCACACCGCUGCAGGAGACGCUCAUCCAGACGUUCGGCAGCGUUACACAGUUAUUCGAGCGUGAUGGUUUAACUGUAAUGGAGUAUUUAAGACAGGCUCCGGCUAAAGACAUGCGUCUGUUUAUUUGGACUCUAGAGUCGAAUCGAGAGCGCUAUCACUCCUGUCACUUCAUUCUCCAUCAAUAUUUUGAAGACGAUGCUGUUUGUUUAGUCAUUAAAAAGACGGAUGAUGAUGAGCACAUGAGCUCAGUAUUUAAGAGUAAAAACAGGCAUCGUAAGAAGAAGCAGAAGGAGUUGAAGUCUGUGUUUGUGCUGUCUGGGAUGAGAGGUGGACAUUCCAGGGAUGAGGAGGAUGAGGAAGAGGAACUCUUCUCUGAGGAAGACUCUCUGAUGUUCCUGAAUAGCAUGGAUCCGUUCAGCGUUCCCGAACACCUGCGAGGACAGCUGGAGGAGUUUGAGGAGCAGUAUUCGGGAUCAUCACACCGGAGCCAUUACCAGAGGAUCCUGGACAAUAACCCUGACCCCACUAAAGAGAGUUUAUACGAUUAUUUUGCUCAGAUCCUGGAGGAGCACGGUCCUCUGUGUGCGUCUGACCCGCUGAUGAUGGGCGAGCUGGAGAACUUUCCUCCGGAGGCGCAGCAGAAGAUCUCAGACGCUGGAGGACUCGAGUGCUUCCUGCUGGGGUCUCUGCGCUUCGUCCUGAUGGAGGAGCUGAUCGGGCUGAUGAAGCACGCCGUGUCUCUGACAGACCCCGCUCCGUCACACCUCAACCCCUCGGCUGAAGAGUUCUGGCCUCUCACAGACUCCCUCAGCUUCACUGCGUCUCACCUCAGCCUCCCCGAUGAUGAUCAGCAGAAGUCUGUGUCCUCAGAUGCGUUCCUGCUCCUCCCCGACCCGUACGCCCUCGACUGUCCCGUCUCAGAUCUGCAGGAACACACACCGGCGUCUGAGCAGACACGGGACAAACACACGGCUGUGUGUGUGCGGGAUCUGGCCGAGCAUACAGACGUCUCCAUUAACACCGAGCCAUACGUGUGCUUGGAGAGGAACAGCGGAGACAUGCUCCAGACGGAGAAGCAGAGGCGGCAGCUGUUGAAGGAGAUCCAGCAGAUGAAGGAGGAUCAUGAAGCUGUGCAGCAGAGGAGAGCCCAGGAGAUCUCAGCGCUUCAGGAGGAAACACAGAACAUCACUCUGAGCAUGCAGAUCGCCAGCACCGAGCUCAGCAUGUUCCAGCAGAAACUAGAGGAGGUGGUGAGGAGAGACCAGCAGGAGAAGAAGGAGAACCAGGAGACGCUCAAGACACUGAAGAUGCAGAUCAGAGACCUGGCAGAUUUACACGAGAGUCACACCAGGGACAUCAGUGUGAAGCAGGAAGAGUACGAGGCAGAGCUGGAGCGCUUCCUGGAUGUGAGUAAUCAGUGUGCGUCUGAGCGUCUGAGUCUGGAGGAGGAGAUCAAGCGCUUCAGAGACGCGUGUGUGAAGGCCCAGAGGAGAUCUCUAAUGGCUCAGCUGUGUGUCCUGCAGAGCAGACGUGAGCGAGCGCUGAGGCGGCUUCCGGAUUGAGUGUCUCUGAAGGGAAGAUGGUGAUCAAACACCUGACGGAGGCCUCACUCAGGUACGGCUCAC